AUGUAAAUAUUGGUUGUUUACUGCUCUUAGAACCUCUGGAAUGGAGUUUUUGCCGGAAACCUUUGCAACGUGACUGCAGCUGGACCUUUGCUUUGUUAAUAUCUCUGUGACCACAAUCACCCCAUCUUUGGAUGCUGCAGGUGGCAGGCAUUCUGCUCUGAGUUCUCUCUAGAGAAAGAACCUGAUCCCAGUAACAAUGACUUCAAGACGACCGGAAGUGCCUGCCCUCGAACCCACGGGGCUUCUAGGCAAGAUGUCCCUGCCCAUUGGGAUGCACCGUAGGGCCUUCAGCUAUGACGAUGCCCUCGACAACCCCAUGACGCCGCCUCCCUCUGACAUGGGGAAACUGCCCUGGAAGCCAGUGGUGCCCGAGCACAAGUACCACAACCACCAGCAGAUGGAACAGGGACGCCCUGGUAUUUCCUCCCCCACCAUCACCGUUUCUUCAGCUACUGACAAUCCUGACCAGGUCCCCGUCGUGAAAGCCAAGGCCACACAUGUCAUUAUGAACUCUCUGAUCACAAAGCAGACACAGGAGAGCAUCCAGCGCUUUGAGCAGCAAGCAGGCCUGAGAGAGGCAGGGUACACACCCCACAAAGGCCUCACCACUGAGGAGACCAAGUAUCUGCGCAUGGCUGAGGCACUGCAUAAACUGAAGCUGCAGAGUGGUGAGAGGACCCCCGAGGAGAAGUCAGGCUCAGCCCAGUCCACCCCAAGCAGCACCCCAAACUCCUCCCCUCGACCCAAGUCCAGAGGCUGGUUCUCUUCAGGAGUGUCUCCUGCCUUACCUGGCCCUAAUCCCAGCCCCACAGACAGUGCAAGCGGGGAAAAGGACAAAUGGAGCCUCUUUACACCUAGAACCCUUCAGAGGUCUGAAUCGGCAGGAGCUUUCGCCACUCAGCCCUACCGAGGCCAGAAGACUUCACCCAUGGAUUUGAUCCGGGGCCCAGCCACCUGCAUGGCCGGAGACACCUCCACCUUGAAGCCACCCAAGCUGGACCUUCCAGGGAUGGACGCAAAGAAACAACAUCCUCGAACCCACAAUAUCAAACCCCGGGACUUGAAUGUGUUCACACCCACUGGCUUCUAGAGCUUUCUCUGCCAGGGCACUCCAGACAUGGUUAGGAGGGAGUGUCUUACGCCCAUCUUGCCCCUCCACGUUAGUUCUCACUAGCAAACUAGGCUUCCGGGCAGUUUUGAACAAACCUAUGUUGAGGCAAGAGUUGGAGACACUUGGGUUUGGAGUGUGGUGAAGAAGCCAUGUUAGAUACCAGCAAAUGGCAGAAUCAGAGGGCUGGGGGCUGGAGUGAUAGCACAGCAGUGGAGCGUCUGCAGCCAACCUGGGUUCAAUGCCCGGCAUCCCAUAUGGUCCCCCAAGCCUACCGAGAGUGAUUUCUGAGUUUCACCAGGUGUGGCCUCAAACAGAUAAAAACAGACAAAAUCUAUUUGCUGUUGCUGGGGUGAGAAUGGGGGAA